UUGUCUAGUAGGCAAGCUAAAACAAUCAGAUUGUGCAAGAUUUGCAAACUUUCCGGCAAAUAAAAGUAGAAAAUAUUGGUUCUGAAACAUUUGAACCAUUCAGCAAGCGGCCCAAUCUGAUUUCAGUCAAUCGAAAUUUCAUCUCAACUAAUUUGAUUUCUUCUUGACUUUCUAGAUUUUGUGAGACUUUGUAGCUUUUGGAACCGUUCGAAAAAUAAUGUCUGGACUAAAGUCGAUUAAAAAGCCAGCAGUUAAGCGUACCCAAUUGUUCAUCAAUAAUGAAUGGGUAAAUGCUGUCGGGGGGAAGACCUUUGAAAGCAUAAACCCAGCUACUGAAGAUGUCAUCUGCUCCGUACAAGAGGGUGGGAAAGCGGACGUGGACUUGGCAGUGUCCGCUGCCCGACUGGCCAUGAAGAGGAACUCCCCCUGGAGGACUAUGGCCCCCGCAGAGAGGGGUCUCCUGCUCAUGAAGAUGGCCGACAUCAUCGAAAGAGACAUAGAGUACAUCGCGUCUCUUGAGGUAGUUGACAAUGGGAAGCCGUUCACGAGUGCAGUGGGGGAUAUUCGGGCGGGCAUUAAAUGUCUCACGUACUACGGGGGCUACUGUGACAAGAUAGAGGGCAAAACACUCGCCAUGGAAAACGGAAAAAUGGGAUACACCAGGUACGAGCCAGUUGGAGUUGUGGGUGCGAUCACCCCCUGGAACUUCCCCUUCAUGCUUUCCUGUUUCAAACUGGCACAUGUGUUAGGGGCAGGCAACUCCAUCGUGCUCAAACCCCCAGAACAGACCCCCCUCACUUCCCUGCUGCUGGGGGAUAUUGCUAUCGAGGCGGGAAUACCUGCAGGUGUGAUCAACAUUAUCACGGGGUUUGGACCGACCGCGGGUGCCGCCAUCUCGGAACAUCCGGACAUCAACAAGGUGACCUUCACGGGGUCAACUGAAGUGGGACACCUGAUCCAGAAGGCGUCCGGGGAUACCAACUUGAAGAGGGUCACUCUGGAACUGGGCGGGAAAAGUGCUCUCAUCGUUGGCAAAAGUGCCGAUCUGAGCAUGGUCGUCCCCUUGGCCCAAGAUGCAUGCUAUGUGAACAUGGGACAAACUUGCUGCGCCCUGACCCGAACUUACGUGCACGAGGACAUCUAUGACGAAUUCGUGAAGCAGAGUGCCGAGUUGGCCAAAAAGACCAGAGCUAAAGUCGGGGAUCCGUUUGCCGACGAUAUCAGGUAUGGACCUCAAGUGGACAAAAUCCAGUUUGAAAAGAUUCUUGACUUUAUUGAUUCGGGCAAAAAAGAGGGCGCGAAACUGGAGUGCGGCGGCGGUCGACUCACAGAAAAAGGCUACUUCGUUGAGCCCACAGUUUUCAGCAACGUCAAAGACGAUAUGAGAAUCGCCAAGGAGGAAAUUUUCGGCCCGGUUCAGCAAAUUAUGAAGUUUUCCAACAUCGAAGAGGCCAUUGACAGGGCUAAUGACUCGGAGUAUGGUCUAGCAGCUGCCGUUUUCACCAAUGAUUUAUCGGAGGCCUUGUAUGUUUCGAACAGUCUCGAAUCUGGUCAAGUUUGGGUGAAUAGUUUCAUGUCUGGUGGUGCCAACACGCCGUUUGGGGGCUACAAAAAGAGUGGAAUUGGGCGUGAGUUCGGAUGGGACGGAUUGCUGCCUUAUAUGGAAAUUAAAACUGUAGUGAUCAAAAUGUAAUUGGACAUUCUGGAACUGAUCGGUAAUGAUUGCAAAUAUCUGGAAAAUUAAAAAAUUGAAAGUGUUUAACUGA